AUGGCGGAUCUUGUCCACGCCGAUGCGAUGGCCUUGGCCAAAAAGCAAUCCAAUCACCACAAUGAAGCGCACACAAAAGGAGGCCACAAACACCACAAAGGUCAGGAUAAGCACAACCUCCACCAUGCUCACGGCGACGGGUACACUGCAACUCCCAAGCCUCUUCACCCCGCUGCCGACAGCACGCUGAAAGUGCUUGUGACACUGUCUCGUCACGGCAGUCGCCGGCCCAACCCGAUAUCCACGACCCUGUGCCCCAACAACGUCCAGAACUCCGAGUCGUACCACGUGCCUCCGGAACAGUUGACCGAGAUUGGCAUGGAGCAAAUGCGCCUCGCGGGCGAAGAAGUGCGCCGCGAGUACAUUGACAACCAAGGGUUUCUCUCAAAUUCGAUCGGCGGCCCCGAGAACAAGCACUUUGAAACGUACUUUCGAUCGGACGCCGCGGACCGGUGUGCCCAAAGCGCGGUUGCGCUCGGGUACGGCCUGUACCCGGACUCGACGGCGCCGGACCAGUACUACCACCAGCCCAUUUCCGUGUACAUGAACCAGUUGCCGAACGAACACGACUUUGCCGCCCCCAAAGGACCGUGCAAGGCCGUGGCCAAUGCGGACAUCCACGCGUACUUGGAACCGCGCGCGCUCGAAACCAUCCAAGAGCACAAGGCGCUGCUUGAGCAAGUGGGCCAGCUGUGCGGGAUCAACGUGUGGGACAUCCCGACACUCCCGGACGGCGAAGACCUUGUGACUGGGAUCAAGGACAUUGCCGACACGUUCACGUUCGACGCGCAGCAAGGUCUGCGCCGUCUCAAGGUGCUUGUGACACUGUCUCGUCACGGCAGUCGCCGGCCCAACCCGAUAUCCACGACCCUGUGCCCCAACAACGUCCAGAACUCCGAGUCGUACCACGUGCCUCCGGAACAGUUGACCGAGAUUGGCAUGGAGCAAAUGCGCCUCGCGGGCGAAGAAGUGCGCCGCGAGUACAUUGACAACCAAGGGUUUCUCUCAAAUUCGAUCGGCGGCCCCGAGAACAAGCACUUUGAAACGUACUUUCGAUCGGACGCCGCGGACCGGUGUGCCCAAAGCGCGGUUGCGCUCGGGUACGGCCUGUACCCGGACUCGACGGCGCCGGACCAGUACUACCACCAGCCCAUUUCCGUGUACAUGAACCAGUUGCCGAACGAACACGACUUUGCCGCCCCCAAAGGACCGUGCAAGGCCGUGGCCAAUGCGGACAUCCACGCGUACUUGGAACCGCGCGCGCUCGAAACCAUCCAAGAGCACAAGGCGCUGCUUGAGCAAGUGGGCCAGCUGUGCGGGAUCAACGUGUGGGACAUCCCGACACUCCCCGACGGCGAAGACCUUGUGACUGGGAUCAAGGACAUUGCCGACACGUUCACGUUCGACGCGCAGCAAGGUCUGCGCCGUCUCAAGGGUCUCACGGCGGAACAGCAGACAGAAAUCGAAGGGCUGGCUUUCCAGCACCUCAUGGAGCGGUACUUCUCGACGGACCGCGAGGUCACGUACUGGGUGGGCGGGUUCCCGACGUUGCUCCUGAAGAAUCUGCAGCUGCCGACACCCGAGAAGAAGGAAGCGUUCAAGUAUUACUCGUACCACGGCCACCGCGAGUUGUUGCAUGGGAUGGGGCAGCUCUUGGGGUGGACGUUCGACUUUGCCGGGCAGCCGCGCGCACUCAACACGUCGGCGCUGGACCCGGCCACGACGCUGUUCUUUGAGCUGCACCAGACCAACAGCUCGACGGAAUUGCUGUUUGUGCGCACGUUCGUGUGGUCGCCUCGCGUCCGUCGCACGGGGGUGAAACUGGCCAAGUGCUCGGCGGUCGACUGUCCGUUGGCCGAGUUCACGAGCAUCAUCCAACGCCACAUCGACGCCACGGGCCCGUGGGAGCAGAUCUGCAACUACCACGCAGCCACGUUCGCCCCCGUGCUCCACCCGACGACGUCCCCCGUCACCCCAGUCACCACCACCACUGCCAAGCCAGUUGAAGCCACAAUACCAGCUGAGACGAAGCCAGAGACCACCAUCACUGCGUCCCCAACGACAACGGCUACGCCAGCCAUCAUAACCACCACACCGAAGGCAGUUGAAGCCACAAAGCCAGUCGAGACGAAGGUAGUGACCACCACCACUACCACCGCAUCCCCAACGACGACAGCUACGCCAGCCCCAGUCACCACCGCUGCAAAGUCAGUUGAAGGCACAAAGCCAGCAGAGGCGAAGCCAGUGACGACCACCGCGUCCCCAACGACGACAGCUACGCCAGCUCUAGUCACCACCACAGCCAAGCCCGUUGAAGUAAAGAUGUUGGAAAGUACGACUACCACGCCAAAGGUUGGGACGACGGCAAAGCCAGUUGUGAUGCCUGCCAACCCGGUGGAGACUACGGCACCAAAGCCAGCGGAGGUAGCUACGACAACCGACCAACCGUCGAUAUCCAAACCUGGGAUCUCUACUACUAUCGAGCAACUUGAGUCGGUUCAACCCAAUCAACCUACUAAGAAAGUGCAGUCGGAGCCAACGACCGUCCCCACAAUCCUUGCCAUUGACGUGGCAAUCACCCCUCAACCUCUGCUCCGGCUGAACCAAAAAAUGAACCUGCCCCCCCUGACACUCUUCGAAGGCAUCGGGUGGGUUUCGUACCUUGCGGUGGCCGCUGUGCUCGUCUAUUUUGCUGCCAAGCGGUACAAGCGUCGCAACCAAACGGGCUACCACCGACUGGAUUAACUAAAUAUAGAAAACGUUGCCUUACUUCAUGUCAAA